ACAGGGUGACUGAGAGAGAAUAAGAGGGCAGAGAACUGUGCUAACAUCCGACAUCUAACCAACAGAACCACUCAGCUCUUUCAGCCGGACAAAUAACAGCCUGCCAGCCGGCCACCAUGAGAUUCCCCAAGCUCCCCAACCCAGGUCUGGAUGACCGGAUCCCGUCCCACCAGGAGCUGGAAAGGAUGGAGAAAGAGGAGGCUGGGGACAGGCCCAAAUGGGACAACAAGACCCAAUACAUGCUGACCUGUGUGGGCUUCUGUGUGGGGCUGGGGAACGUGUGGAGGUUCCCUUACCUGUGUCAGAGCCAUGGAGGAGGAGCGUUUAUGAUCCCGUUCCUGAUCCUGCUGGUUCUGGAGGGGAUUCCACUGCUGCACCUGGAGUUUGCCAUCGGACAGCGCCUCAGGAGUGGCAGUGUGGGAGUGUGGACGGCCAUUAACCCAUAUCUGACUGGCGUUGGCAUCGCUUCCUUGUUAGUCUCCUUCCUGGUGGGUAUGUACUACAACACUAUAAUCGCCUGGGUGAUGUGGUACUUCUUCAACUCCUUCCAGAACCCUCUGCCAUGGAGUCAGUGUCCUGUCAAUGCCAACCUGACAGAUUUGGUCUCAGAAUGUGCCCGGAGUUCCCCAGUGGAUUAUUUCUGGUACAGAGACACACUCAACACGUCCACAUCCAUUGGGGACUCUGGAGGACUGCAGUGGUGGAUGGUGUUGUGUCUACUGUGUGCCUGGCUGCUGUUGUACGUCUGCUGCCUUCGUGGCAUUGAGACCACUGGCAAGGCAGUGUACGUAACAUCCACUCUGCCAUACGUGGUCCUCACCAUCUUCCUGAUCAGAGGACUGACUCUCAAAGGUUCUCUGGAUGGAAUCAAGUUCCUCUUCACGCCCGAUCUAAAUGAGUUGAUGAACCCGUCUACCUGGCUGGAUGCAGGUGCCCAGGUGUUCUACUCUUUCUCCUUGGCCUUUGGAGGUCUCAUCUCCUUCUCCAGCUACAACUCUGUACACAACAACUGUGAGCAGGAUGCCGUGAUCAUCUCCAUCAUCAAUGGCUUCACAUCCGUCUACGCUGCUACAGUCAUCUACUCCAUCAUAGGUUUCAGGGCCACAGAGAGGUUCGACGACUGUCUGGAAGGAAAUAUCUUGGCCCUGCUGAAUGCUUUCAACCUUGCUGAGGGCAACAUCACAGAAGGCAACUAUGCAGAAUCCCUACAGAAUCUAAAUGGCACCUUCCCAGAGACCAUCCAGAGUCUGGACCUCAAAACCUGCGACUUGCAGACUUUCCUCAGUCAGGGUGUGGAGGGAACUGGUCUGGCCUUUAUCGUGUUCACCGAGGCCAUCACCAAGAUGCCUAUCUCUCCUCUCUGGUCCAUCCUGUUCUUCAUCAUGCUCUUCUGUCUGGGACUGUCCACCAUGUUUGGCAGCAUAGAAGGAACGGUGGUGCCCCUUCAGGAUCUCAACAUCUUCCCUAAACGGUGGCCUAAGGAGGCGAUCACUGGUAUUGUCUGUCUGGUGUCAUUCGUCAUUGCCCUGAUAUUUGCUCAGAGUUCUGGUAACUACUGGCUGGCUCUGUUCGACAGCUUUGCCGGCUCCAUCCCUCUCCUAGUCAUCGCCUUCUGUGAGAUGAUAGCUGUGGUCUACAUCUAUGGCAUAGACAGGUUUAACAAGGACAUAGAGUUCAUGAUUGGUCACAAGCCCAACCUGUUCUGGCAGGUGACCUGGAGGUUCGUCAGCCCUUUAAUCGUUUUAGUAAUCUUCGUCUUCUACUUCGUCACCAAAGUCAGCUCCAACGUCACCUACAUCGCCUGGAAUCCAAGCUCGGAGGACUUCCCCACUCUGGAGGUGUUGGAGUAUCCUGCUUGGAUUUACGUCAUCAUCUUUAUCCUGGCAGGAAUCCCCAGUCUGGUGGUGCCAGGCACGGCCAUAUUCAAACUCAUGCGGAGAUGUUGCAGCAACAGAAAUGUCUACGGGGCAGAAGUCGACACGGUCUCUGCCAAAGUUCAGAUGUUCACUACGAAAAUGUCGUAGAAUUACCACACAGCCAACAUCAUAUGGGACAACGCUACACUGGAGAAUGAAACAAGUAGAGUAAACAUCCAAAAUGAUUGGUCCCCCAA